UGUGAUUGUAGUUCACUGUUUGCUAUCAGGCUGGAGGUCAAUAAUUACCCAGAGUCUGGAGAGAAAUGCCACUUUACUGAGUCUUUUUGUUUGCUUUCAGUAUUUGUGCAUGUUUUGUACACGCGUGUGCUCUUCUAGACCAUCCAGCAGUCCGUUCAGAUAAGAAUCUGAAACAGCGAAGCAUGGGAAAAGCUUUGUCAGGCCUCAUUAGGCCCUCCUACAGAGAGCAGGCCAGCCCAUCUCUGUAAUCGGUCCAGAGUUCACCUUCCAUUUACACGGUUUCAUCCUCUCCUGCCGUCAAGCUAUUCACCUGCUGAGCCCACUGCUCUGCUCCCGUUAUGAUCCACGGAGGAGACUUCUCUCUUGGAGGCAGCGGGACGGGUGAACGGGGACUGACACGUCUGACUGAGCUGUUUUAUGACAGGGUUGGAGAACUGUUCAAACACACAGCAGCUGGGUUUUAACAGAGUCAGAGGGACUCAGACUGAAGACAAGAUGCUAAACUCUACGGGCGAUCCACCAGACAACAGCAGCGCCACCAGGACGCCCAGUGUGGAGCAGGUCCUCGUCCCGGUGCUAGACACUCUGAUCCUGAUGCUGGGAGUCACUGGACACACCAUGGUGAUGGUGAUCGUGUGUGGACGCUGGAGGAGAGGGGCGGGGCGGACCAGACAAACAUCCCAGAGCUCCCCAACAGGAGCAGGGACGGACAUCCUCCUGGUGGCGCUGAGCGCCGCCGACCUGCUCCUGCUCUCCACCAUUCCCUUUCAAACUGCCGCCAUAGCCAUGCAGAAGUGGCCGUUUGGGAACGCCAUGUGCCGCCUGGUGAGCUUUUUGGGCUCAGCCUGCUCCUCGGCCAGCAUCUUUACUCUGGCUACACUGGCUGUGACUCGCUACCUGACUGUGGUGAAACCGGCCACAGCUUACAGGCUGCUCACCCCUCGCAGGGUGUCUGCUCUCGCCGUGCUGCUCUGGGUUCCAGCCUGCUGCCUCGGAGCUCCCCAGUUAGUAUUCCGCACUGUGAGGACGCCACAAACUUCUCCGGAGAGCUUCGCUUGCUUUGCUUUCAUGUCUCAGAGAGACCAGCUGAUCUACGGACUCCUCCACUUUCUCAUGGCCUUCUUGCUUCCGCUGGUUACCAUCGCAGUGGCGUAUGGCAGCAUCUACGUGUUCCUAUGUAGGAGCCAGCAUGCUGGUAGGGCCCCUCAAGUCGAGCGCUACCAGAGCAAAGUGACUCAGACGACAGCCAUGUUGGUUCUGGCCUUUACCCUGAGCUGGCUACCCUCUUACAGCCUGACUUUGACCUUACUGGCAGACCAAAGCACCGGGGCGACUGGAGCGUUGCCUCGUUACGGCGCCUUCAGCGUGUUCGCACGCUUCAUGGGGACCACUUCAACUGUGAUAAACCCCAUCCUCUACGUGCUCAUGUCUCAAAAGUUCAGGCAGGAUCUCCUGGGGAUUUUUAAAAGGGACGGACAAAGAGCAAACACCACGGUGGCUUUGUCUGCUGCCUGACUAAACGGCCUAAACAUGACCGAACGCCUCAUAGCAACCAUCAGUCGCUCUGGAUAUCACGCAGGAAGAUCACGAGGUUUGCUCUGGGACUUGCAGCUUUACAGGCACAACGGGAGGAACCAAUCGGACCUUGUAAAACAAAUGAAAGUAAAGGUAGUAAAAUAUUAACACUGCACCUGUGUUUUGUUGGGCUGAGAUGAAGGAAAUGAAGCUGUUUAUGUUCAUGUGCUCUCUGUUCUCAAAGCACAGAUAUUAAAAACGCAGCAGCAACUUGAGAAUAA